CUUCAGGCCUUCACAGAUAUCAAUCAAAACACCAGGGCUUGUGAACCCACUCAAAAUCAAUGCCUCCUCUUCAUGGAUUUUCUGACAACCCAUUCCGUGAUAAAAAUGAUGUGGUCGUCGCGACUAAGGCUCUUGUCCAAGCUCUUGAACCAUAUUUCUCGCCAGGGCGAGCGCGGGUACAACUACCCAUUUACUCAGGGGCACAUUUCGAUGAAGCAGCGGCAGACCUGGAGGGAUUUGCACGACCUAUCUGGGCUAUAGCUGCUGCGUCCACGGAGUCCUCCAAUACGGCGGACCCAACGCUCAAGGAGUACGCGGAGCGCUUGGUAUCAGGACUUGUCAAUGGAGUUGAUCCAGCCCAUCCCGAAUACUGGGGGGCAAUAGACGACUGGGACCAACGCAUGGUAGAGGCGGAGGCAAUCUCAUUUGCCCUCCUGUUAGCUCCGACGACGUUCUAUCAGCCUCUAUCAGCUCACAAUCGCGGUCAUUUGGUCAAAUGGCUCUCCGGCUUGAACGGGAAAGUGAUGCCCAAAAAUAACUGGCGUUGGUUUAGGAUAUUUGCCAACCUUGCUCUGCAUAGGGUUUGUGGUAUUCCUUACGAGAAUGUGAAAGAAUCAAUCCAGGAAGACUUUCAUCUUCUCGACACGUUUCAGCUGGGCAAUGGAUGGGCUGCAGAUGGCCCUUGGAGAAAGGAUGCGACCGAGGGAGAAGAAGCGUAUGGUCGCCAGGCCGACUAUUAUUCCGGAAGCUUUGCCAUUCAAUUUAGUCAACUGCUAUACACUAUCUUUGCGGCUGACUUAGAUCCCGAGCGUGUAUCUCGAUACAUCCACCAGGCGAGAGAGUUCGCAAAUCAGUUCUGGAGAUAUUUUGACAAGGAUGGUGCUCCCAUUCCAUUUGGUCGAUCUCUCACCUAUCGGUUUGCCAUGGGCGCGUUCUACGCAGCAUUUGCGAUGGCUAAAGCCUACGAUUCCUCAAGCCCUUACACAUCUCCCGGAUUUGUCAAGGGAAUGCUCCUGCGUCAUUUGAGGUGGUGGGCCACACAUUCUGACAAUGUCUUUGCUUUGGACGGAACCCUCACCAUUGGCUACCUAUACCCUAAUAUGUUUAUGUGCGAGGAUUACAACUCACCGCAGUCGCCGUACUGGGCUAUGAAGAGCUUUGUCAUACUCGCAUUGUCUACCAAUGAUGACUUCUGGAUGGUAGACGAGCUCCCCCAUCCCUUGGCCUCCGUUGGUGAAACGAAAUCACUCGCGUCGGGGGUGCAGUUGCUCUCACCACCUUUUCAGAUAUUGUGUGAUCACCCUGGGGGCCAGCAUCAUUUCAUGAUCUCCGGUGGUCAGUAUUGUGUCUGGCCCCUCAAGGCCACGCAAGCCAAGUACAGCAAGUUCGCGUAUUCCUCUGCGUUUGGUUUCAGUGUUCCAACUGGGCUAUUAUUAACACAGAUUGCCCCGGACAGCACCCUCGCUAUCAGUGGAGACAAUGGGGAGACCUGGAUCACUCGAUGGCAAACAACUGCCAAUCCUACUAUUGAGACCCUCCUAAUCAACAAUCAGGAUGUGCAAUGUCUACGCAGUGGAUGGAGGCCCUGGCGGUCAGGCAGCAUAGAGAUCCAUACACUCCUUAUUCCUCCAUGCGAUCAGCGGCCCGAUUGGCAUAUUCGAGUCCACCGUAUUCGCAAUACUCAGCCCGGAUCUUCUGCCAUGGUAACGCUUAGACUUGUUGAGGGCGCCUUCUCGAUAGAAGUCAAACAGCCACGUCGCAUGCCCAUCUUGACCGAAGGCUGGGGUGCAACAGCAGACAGCUUAGAUGCCGCCCUUGGGGGUCGCAUGGAAUGUGACACAAGUUCACUAGUUAUUGGUGACGGCGACAUUAGCGGCAUAAAGAAUCUGUUCGCUUCGGAGUGUUCACUAGAAGGCAAAGUGCUUAAGCCGGAUCCAAACACGAAUUUGAUGACACCGAGAACGUUGAUUCCAACUAUCGAGCAUGAGAUCUGCAGUAUACCAGGGCGGGACACAGUCAUCGCUAAUGCUAUAUUUGCUAUUAGCAAAGGGCAGAGACGGUUUAGCCGGCAGGAAAUGUUCGAGAGGUGGUGCCAGCCUCCUCAAUUGCCAGAAGAAAUCUUGACCCUCUAACACAUGUAGUGCAAUCAGACAAGGCUUUUCAUCCGCUAGC